AUGUCAAAACCAGUUGAAAUUCCAGGAAAGUUCGGAUUCGGAACUAUGUCAAUGACAUGGAAACCGAAUCCACCUCCUUUCGAACAAUCAAUUGAAACACUUGAAUUUGUCACUUCACAUCCUGAAUUCAGUACCAAAUUAUUGAAUGGAGGUGAGUUUUAUGGUCCCGAUGAUGCGAAUUUGAAAUUGUUGAAAGAGUUUGUUGAUCAGAACCCACCAGAGUUGAACAAGCAAUUGAUUAUUUCAAUUAAAGGCGGGUGUAAUGCAAAGACUCUUCACCCGGAUGGAUCAAGAGCUAGUAUUUCCAGAUCGAUUGAGAAUGUUGCUUCGUAUUUCCCACCAAAAGGUCAAAGACCUACUCUAUUAUUUGAAAUUGCUAGGGUCGAUUCUAAGGUGCCCUACGAAGAGACGAUUGGAUAUAUUAAAGAAUAUGUGGACAAGGGAGUCAUUGAUGGGAUUUCGUUAUCUGAAGUUGGAAUUAAGUCUUUGAAGAAAGCAAUUUCAGUUGCGCCCAUUUCAUGUGUUGAAUUGGAAUUAUCGUUAUUUUCGCAAGAAGUAUUUGACAAUGGUAUUCUUGAAGAGUUAUCCAAAACACGCAUUCCAAUGAUUGCUUACUCUCCUCUUUGUAGAGGGAUAUUAACUGAUUCUACUGCCGAGAACCCAGAAAAGUUUUUGCAAAAUAUCAAAGAAAGCGGAGAUAUCAGAAACAUUUUAGAUAGGUUCCAGCUGGAAACUUUCAACAAGAACCUUCCUGCACUACAAGCUCUUUAUAAGUUUGCGCAUGAAGUCAAACAUACUUCCUUGGAGAGCUUAUCACUCUCAUGGAUUUUGAAAGUAUCAGAGCAAAAGAAUUUCAGAGGUAUUAAGCAAAUCACCAAAAUCUUGCCUAUCCCAUCUGGAUCAACUAAACAACGUGUUGAAUCUAAUUUCGGUAGUAUUGUGCAAUUGACUGAUGAUGAUUUGCAACAAAUUGAAGAGAUUCUCAAACAACAUCCUAUUCAUGGAUUAAGAUACAAUGCUCAAUUAGAAGGCACUUUGUUUCAAUAG